AGGUGGGGGAAGUGUUGUUGGGCUUGAACAAUGGGUGCAGAGCACAAGCUCCUGAUGUUUUGUGUCUAUAAUCAACCACUGCUGGUGCAGGCACUGCAUAGGUUGUGCAGCCUGUGGAGACGUCAGUUGGAUGGUGAGGAAGCUAACAAGCUGUUCAAGCCCACUCAAACCACUCUUCUCUUCCUCAAUCUGGUCUGUGAUUCGGUGGACUUCUUGCAGAGCUUUCGAGUAGCUUCUGAAGGACUCCAGAGCAGCUGGCCCUGAGGCAGACGAGGGUGAAGAGGCGGUAGAAGACCCCCAGUGUGAUGUGCAGUGCUGGUGGGCAGACCUGCCGGCUACCAUGGUGUGGAGUGUACGAGCUGGAAAUGGACCUCGCUCUGCAAGAGGCACUCUCAGGUGGU